ACUCUUCUUUGGUUCUUUUAUAGCCACAAACUAGACCGACACAGGCGCACGUUAGUCACUGUUACUUGUUUCUUACUAAACUACGCCUCUUCAGCUUCUGAAUUCUCUACUCUCCACUUGCUUGUUCCUCUAGAAGAAAGUAAAACAAGUGUUUUGAAACUUUCUCUGCUACCAAACCAUUUUCUUCUUCUCUCUUAUGGCGUCUUUGAGACCCACUCUCUCUCAACUUUCACUUUCUCAAUCCAAUUUUCCAAGAAAUUCUACAUGGAGUAAUCACUCUCAACACUGCUUUUUUCACAAAAGGAUUGUAAAGUUACAAAAUUUCAACUCUUUUAGGGUCUGCUGUAAAUCUCAAGAUACUCAACAGAACAAAAAUAAUGGAGAAGAGCCUCCAGAGUCAUUAUUUUUGAAGGAGUUGAAGAGGAGGGGUAUGACCCCUACAUCAUUGCUUGAGGAUUACAAGCAAACCAAUUAUGGAGUUGAUGAAGAGGCUUUUGUGAAUGAAGAAGAUAGAGGUUCUCCGAACAGAAAAGCGGUGUCAACCAAUGUAGAGAGGGGUUUAGAGAAUCAGAGGGAACGGUCUAUGGCGCUCAACAGUGAAGGUCUUGAGGGCUUGGUACCUCGAGCUAAACUUCUAUUGACACUUGGAGGAACAUUCUUCUUGGCAUUUGGACCGUUGAUCCUCAUAACUGUGGCAUUCUUUUCUGCUCUUUACUUUUAUUUUGGACCGAGUUUUGUCCACGACGGAAGCAAGAUGUCACUAUCACCACCACAAUAUGUGGACCCUUAUGCACUCUUAGAAGAUGAAAGGAUAUCUCAGAUAGCGCCUCGACUAAACUAAAGGCAACAUCACACGUACUUUACUCUUAGGAACCUAUAGUCACAUAUAUUGAAUUUCAGUUUUACUUGGCUUCUGUUGAUUUAGUUCCUUUGUAAAAUAUAUCAUCCAGAUUCCAGGGAAAACUUGUUAUCUAUUUUGCAGCCAUCAUUGACACAAUUCUUUACAUGUGUCUUUUGCAUUUUGCAUAUAUGUUCUGUAUAGUUUUAUUUAAAUCUAAAUGAAAGCCUUAUUAAAAG